CUCAACCACUCUGGUACACAAUGAAGCUCACAAACUUCGCGCUCAGUGCCCUCGGGAUGGCAGGCUUUGUCGCUGCUCAGAAUGGCAACGACCCUCUGAUUCUGAACAACCGCACUGGCUUGCACCCCACAGUGUACGAUAACUUUUCCACUUCGUACACUAACAAGCCUGCAGCCACGUUCCACUCCGUGCCACUCACGCCUUCGCCUGAGCGGUCCAACACUUACAUGUUCAAACCGACCACAUCCGUCAAGUGCUGGCGCAACGGGUACCCUUGUGGUCAGAACGGCGGUCAGCGCUCUCAGCGUCUGGUCGCCGACUUCGUCGGGCCUACGCCUGCAAUCGCUGCUCGCGUUCCACCUCCGGAGUGGUUCAGCUCUCACACUGAUUUCCCGCUUCCUGGCGAAACUGAUGUUCCCGGUGAGACUGGUGAGAUGCCGUACGGCAUCCUGCCAAUUCCAACAUCUCUUGGUGGUGAGCCGCGGACUUCUGAUGCUUCUAAUGCACCUGGCAAGACGGGCGAGGCCAUCUUUUCGGUCUCGCCGACCACAACGUCCACACCCGCCGCCGAUAAGUCACCCAUCCCCACAGCGUGGUGGCGUGGCCUGACCUCCGGUUUUGCCGGCCCUCAUGAGCCGACUCCUAUCGCCGAGGCUGGUGAGCCUUACGCCGUCACGAUCGACUGCAACCGCCAUUACUGUAUCAGCGGCAUGCCAACGAUCCGCACCAUCACACCGACUCCGCACCCUUACCCUGUCCUCCCGCCAGCAACCUCGGGCUUCGCGGUACCUUCCAAGCCAACUCUUGUCAACGAGGCUCGCGACGCCUUUGUGCCGGUCGACUGGUGGCGCGGCCCCGGUAAGCCUGUCGUGCCUGAUGCACCUAAGGGUCUCGAUGGUAUCUACGGCCCCAUUGAACAAACCUCUUCUGUCGAGUCAGUCUUCUCCGUUGCGACAAACGACCCCUGCUUCCGCCACUACUGUCCCUCUGGCUACACUCCUGGCGCACCUGAUCCCACGACAAUGCUCACAGAGACGAAGCCUGUCGUGACUCAGAGGCUGACGAAAUCGCCCGUCUUGUCGGCGAUCCCACCAAGCGCAACCUCCACUUCUUAGAUGAAUGGUUUGUUUCGAGAAAUUGAUGAAUCGGGGCAUAUACAUCGAAGACCUUCUGAUAUGGCAAGAUAUGGGAGGAACAAAGAGCUGUGUUUGUCGCGGCAGAAGCUCUCGUACUUCUACAUGGACUUCUUGCUGAAUCGUUGGGACUUAGGGUGUGAAAGUAGAGGAUACAGAAAAGGUCUCACGCAUAUAAACAGAUAGACAGGGCUCUCAUAGGACUUGCUCCUUCCAGUGCAGCUCCUCUCUCAGCCCAGAGUUUUGCUCAAUGCACAUGGUCAAAUCACACAAAGUACUCCAACACCUAGUUUGUUUCAAUAUCAAUGGUACCACUGCAAU